GGAGGGUCAAACCCACCGUAGACUUCUACCACACGUGUGUUGACGUUAAUCAAAACGCCUUCGCUCCAUCACCGAAUCACAACACUGAACCACCCUGACGAAACGGGACAACGUUGAACCCCGAUGGAAGUGUUAAAUGUGUCGUCGUUAAAGAUAGCACUUUGAGUGUGUUGCUGUUGGAAGUGACCGCCCGGAUUAAACGAGAUCUGCCACUACCAGCAGCGGGCUGAGGGGUGGCCACAAACGGCUCUGAUCGACACGGCAGACGAAUAAAGUUGACCUAACAAGUUUGCUGGAAGAUUAAAACAGGAAGACAUUAAUAAAAUGCCUGUGGCAACGUCCUGUUCAGACUCUGGCAAAACAAGAUUUCACCCACACCAGCUUUGACUUUGGAUACGAGCAAUCAACAUUUUUGCCUCUUUCUUAUAUCUUGCGAAGCAAACCACUGCUUGUGUGUGUAAAGCGUACGUAUGCAAAGUGGGAUUUAUCCACUUGUACUUGUGCGGAGGAAAAUGCGUAUAUUUAUGCACAACUCUUAAUAAAAUAAUGUAGAGUAUUCCUUAGUGUGUUGUUUUUAUAACAAUCAGUUCUUCAAAUACACAAAUCAUUUAGUUCAAUUGAAGUUGCUAUGAUACAGCGAUGCGUUACCAGAAUUACUCGUCCUUUUAUCAGCUCAAAAACUGUCACGGCUGUUUGAUGACGAGACCCGCUACUAUGUAAUGGGGGUAUGAUCUGCCUGGUCGGACUCAGUAAUCAUUUUAUGACCUGCAUGUGUUCAUCCAUUCAUUUUCCUGUAGAACUUAGACUAAAAAGAUCGAAAGUAGCAGCUGAAAAUCUAGCACAUUUGAAGUGUAGAAAUCAUGUUUUCAUCAUGGAAUAAAGUGCACCCGUUCACUUCCAGAUAGGCAGAUUCACUGUGAAUUAGUGAAUUAAAAUGUGUGAAUUGUAUUCUUGCCAAGGGCUCAAUUUGGCAGUACAAAGCAAACAGUUUUUUUUGUUUUUUUUAUUCAAAUUCACAAAACCAUUUUCUGACCGGUUAUUUUUUCCAGGUUUGUAGAAAGAAGCACAGAAAAGUCACCUAUUAGUCACAUACACAUUUACUCCCUUCACUGUAUGUGCAGAUAGCAAAAUGAUAAACGUCCCUGUGCUCCUUGUGCUUUGGCAAGGCUGAAUGUUCCUGUGGUGUCUGAUGUCACCACAGGAAAGGUUUAUUGCUCAUUUAUGAUUCUUCUCCAUUCUCACUGCCUCCUUGACCAAUCUCCUUCUCACAAGCCAGCCCACUGCUACUCAUCUCCCCCUAGUUAACCCCCACAGGGACGCCUUGAGCAAAAUUGUCCAGCCUCCAUUUCUCUCUUCCUCCUACCGGAGUAAGCAUCACACUUCCUAUUUUCUUCCCCACUCCCCUUUUACGUGUCAACCUCUCUCUCGCUCCCUCUACUUAUCCACACAAGCCUGUCGUCUGCAUUCAUUCAUGCAGAGGAGAAGACGCUCAGCCAGGCGUAGCACAUACACAUUUACGUCAAGAGCAGGUGGAGAGGGAGGAAAGAGCCAGGAGCUGUUUGGCAGGAGGACGAGGACUGGGAGAGCUCUUCCUCCACCCUACACACAGUAUUGGGUGUGUUGCCGCAUCCAUGCAUCAGGCCUUGGAUGCGCUGAGUGACAGCAUCAGCUCCACUACCGCCAAUGACCUGGAUCUCAUCUUCCUCAAAGGCAUCAUGGAGAGCCCAGUGGCUCAUGAGCGCUUUGAAGAGCCCAAACUUGAGGCAGUGAGGGAGAACAACGUGGAGCUGGUCCAGGACAUCCUCAAGGAGCUCAGUCCUUUGGCACACAGGAGCCACGCAGCUGAUGAGCUGGUCCGCAUCCUGAAGGAGCCACACUUUCAGUCUCUCCUGGAGACCCAUGACUCUGUAGCUUCCAAAAACUAUGAGACUCCUCCCUCAAGUCCCUGUGCCUUCAUGGACGCAGCACUCAACAACCAACCGGUGCCGCCUGAUGCCAUCAGGAUGGUGGGCAUUCGAAAGGUGUCUGGUGAGCACCUGGGCGUGACGUUUCGAGUGGAGAGUGGCGAGCUGGUGAUUGCCAGAAUCCUCCACGGGGGCAUGAUUGACCAACAAGGUCUGCUCCAUGUGGGGGACAUCAUUAAGGAGGUGAAUGGCAAGGAGGUGGGGAACGACCCCAAAGUGCUGCAGGAGAUGCUUAAGGAGGCGAGUGGCAGCGUGGUACUGAAGAUCCUGCCCAGCUACCAGGAGCCACACACACCCAGACAGGCCUUUGUGAAGUGUCACUUUGACUACGACCCAUCCCACGAUAACCUGAUUCCCUGUAAAGAGGCAGGACUUAGCUUCUGCAGUGGUGACAUUCUGCAAAUAUUCAACCAGGAAGACCUCAACUGGUGGCAGGCCUGCCACAUCCAGGGAGGUAGUGCAGGUUUAAUUCCAAGUCAGCUCCUCGAGGAGAAGAGAAAAGCCUUUGUGAAAAGAGAUCUGGAGCUUGUUACCACAGGUCCCCUGUGUGCUGGAAUGGGUGGCAAGAAGAAGAAAAAGAUGAUGUAUUUAACCACCAAGAACGCAGAAUUUGAUCGUCACGAGCUGCGGAUCUAUGAAGAGGUUGCCAAGGUGCCGCCUUUCAGGAGAAAGACAUUGGUCCUGAUUGGUGCACAGGGCGUUGGCCGCCGCAGUCUAAAGAACAAGCUGCUGGUGUUGGAUCCUCAGCGCUAUGGCACCACCAUCCCUUUUACCUCCAGGAAGCCAAAGGUGGACGAGAGGGACUGUCAGAUGUACUCCUUCAUGACACGUAGUGAGAUGGAGUGUGACAUCAAAAACGGGCGCUUCUUGGAACACGGAGAGUACGACGGAAACUUGUAUGGUACGAAAAUUAACUCCAUACACGAGGUGACAGAAACAGGGAAGAUCUGCAUCCUGGAUGUGAACCCCCAGGCUCUCAAAGUCCUGCGGACGUCGGAGUUCUUGCCCUAUGUUGUUUUCAUUGAGGCGCCUGAUUUUGAGGUCCUCAAAGCCAUGAACAGGUCAGCAAUAGAGUCUGGAGUGGUCACUAAACAGUUAACGGACUCUGAGCUCAAGAGGACGGUGGACGAGAGCGAGCGCAUCAAGAGGGCCUACGGACAUUACUUUGACCUCUGUAUCGUAAAUGAUGGUCUAGAGGUAACGUUUCGAAGCCUACGCGCCGCAAUGGAAAAACUGUUCAAUGAACAGCAGUGGGUGCCUGUCAGCUGGGUGUUUUGAGCUUCAGAGCAGGCCAAAGGAUGAAGAAUGGCAGAUGAUUUAACCCCCACAGCGCCCUCCAAGUGGGUGUUUUUGAACUUGGUGUUGUAUUUAUUUUGUAAUAAUUUGUUGAUAUUGAAGCAGUUCCAGAGUUGAUGAUGGGGUAUAGCGCAAUUGUGUGUGUGUGUGUGUGUGUGUGUGUGUUGGGGGGGUACUUAUUACAAACAUGGAAAUAGAUACAGAGUAGGGAUGGGCAUAAGAAGAUUUUCAUUGGUGGUUCGGCCAACUGUGAGGAUUAUAUUGUUGAUUCUGUCUUGAACCAGUUGAGGUAAAAUUAGAUGCACUACUUGGCUGCAACCACCAGAGGCGCUGUUGAAUUAGUCUCCCUUCCAAAAAGAAGUUACACUUUUUAAACUUAGGUCCCAAAUGGUUCCUCUCGUACAACAGUAAUACAAAUGUAACAUGACCUUUUAAAUAUAUAUUUAAGAUUUGUGGCCAUUUUGUCAUUUGAUCCCCUAUUUUUUUAAUGGGAGAAUCCUAAAAUAUGCAAUAUUUUCAAAAGUGGAAUAUUUGGGAUGAUAGCCUUGACUUGGUCAGUAAUUGAUAACAUUGAUUUUGAUGCAUUACUAUUAUAUUACUACAUUUUGGAGCAAAAAACAAUGUAUUAAAAAAAAAAACCCUACGCUUUUCCCCCAAAACCUUUCGUAAAUAUCAUUUUUUUUAAUGUUUCUUCUGUAAACAGCAUCCAAAAGGCGAGGAGUCUCUUUUACUCUGUGAUUCUUGCUUAAAUAUAGUCAAAUGUCCAUCCCUACUAUAGAGUAGUAAAGAGUAUUUUAGAUAGAAAGUUCUGUCAAAACUUUAGCCUUCCAAAUCUUAAAUACUUUAUGUAGUGUAAUGUUUACAUUGGAUUGGUAUAAGACAGACAGGCAGAUAGAUAGAUAGAUAGAUAGAUGAAAGAAACAUACCAAAUGUGAUAUUUGUAAUAAAUUCCAUCUAUUUUACCAGUAGAUUAUAUAUAUAUAGUGGUAUGAUUUGUACACAUUGAGAAAUGUGCUUUACUUGUGUUUCUCCACUUGUCUGGAACAUGACCAGCAAUAGAAACAUACAGCACAUGUGAAACAUGUUCCAUAUACAUUGGUCUAUACAUUAGAGCUUUGGGGACUCUUCACAUUAUUGCCUACAGCCUGCACUUGUAUUUGUAGCACUGAGAUUUUGCAAACCAAAUACAAAUAAUCUGAGGAGAAAAGUAGCUUGCAGUAAAGGACAAAUGAAUACUACCAAUACCAACAUUUGUUACCUGUUCAUGUUACACUUGUUAUUUGCGAUGUACAAACUCAUCAUACUUUUGCCUUAACAUGCUUCAAAAAGCCAAGGAAACUCAGUCACGGGACAUUUGAACAUCAUCACUUCCUGUUCCAAACAAUACUGGCAACUUAUACAUAUUUAUUUUACCUUCAACCUGUAAGUAGUGUAUGGAAAUAAAGACUAUAUACGAUCACAAAAAAGACUUUUUUGGUCUUGAUUGUGUGUAUAUACACUACUAUUGUUUCAUUUAGAAGCAGGACAGCAAAAUACAUUAAAACACGAUGUUCAGAGAUUUCUAAAAAAACGCACCGUGUGGUUGUUUUUAGCUGAAAGAUGCCCGGUGGUGCCUCUGCUGGCGGGGUGGGUGUAUGUGGGUGCCGGUUGAUGGGGUCAUCCAGUGAUGAGGGGCCAGAGGCAAUGUUAUUGGAUACAUCUCAUAGGCAGGCGGUGGACCCCCUGGCCAAACACUUGUCAGUUUGGGGUCGAACUACAAGACAUGAUGAUGUCCUUUAUUGUGACUGUAUAUUUAAAUGAGAUGUCACACAGGAGCUGAAUUGUCCCUUACUAUGUCUACCAUAUUGGGCAAUACAAGUACAGUCAAACCUGUCUAUAGCGGCCACUAAAGGGAAACGCCAAAAGUGGCUGCUAUAGGCAGGUGGCCGUUAUAGACAGGUUGGCGGCCAUUUUGAAUUUAUGCGCGCACAUAUUAACAUGUCUGUGAUUAGAAGCUUGCUGUCUUUGCAGAUACAUAUAAUUAUACUGUUACAUGUUGACCAGUAGAGGGCACUGUGGGACUGCGGAUAAAAGUUGUAAAGCACUACUAGGUUAAUAAACCGCUGUUAAUAAAGCGAUUAAAGUGCAUCAGCGACGUGAGUCUCUCCUUCCCCACAACAAGGGGCACUACAGUAUUGACCAGUGCACAUUGUCUCACACCAGGAAAUAAACGAUGUCACUGUCUGCAACAAGCUCCAAAGAAGACGGCUUUUUUUUUUUAUGUCAAACCGACAGUUUGUGUGGAUCUUGUGAAUGAUUGUGACUGAGCUACAGCUCAGUAAUUAAAGUCUACACACGAUGGUUUCAUUGCUUAAAAAACGAAACUUUUUCGUGCAUGAAGCUUCUGCUUGAGUCGGCAUUUUGGCCGCUAUAUGCGGUCAGAUAUUGACCAAGGGAUACAAAAUGGGUGGCCGCUGGCCGCGUUAGACAGGUAACCGCUAUACACAGGGUCUACAACACGCAAAUUCUCUGCGGGGGAUUUUUCAGUGGCCGUUCUAUACAGGUGGCCGCUAAGACAGGUUUGACUGUAUAAAGGUGACAAGAGGGGUGUUAGUUCAUUUCUACAGGGCUCUAAUAAAAACCAUAUUUCGAAGUUUGGAAACAGCUUUUCUAGGCUCUAAUUAUGAAAAUUAUAAAGAAGAAAUCCUACUUUGUGGGAAUUCACUUAUCAUGAUCGGGUCUGAAACCAGCUAACCACGAUAAACGAGGGAUUACUCUAC